AUGUUUCGGGAGCUAUUUAAUCCCUAUGAAGAAGAAAUUGCAUGCCUUGAGUCAGAGUCUUGCCAAGAGCUACUAACGUCCAACGUGCUCCUACAUUCAGAGUUGGAUGAACAAUUGGAUGAUGGAACGUCUCGUACUCCCAGUACUAGCCCAUCACGAAAUAUCGUACAUGAUCUACAGAAAAACGAUCUUGAGAGUUUCAACUGCUCUCCAAUCCCACAAUCAACAACAGCACUUAAUCAUUCCGUGAUUGAUGAAUGGAUUGUCAAUAACCCAUCGGAAGAGGAAGCCCUAAUACAACUAUUAGAGUUCUUUUAUACAGGAGAGAUAACUUAUAAUAUACAACAAGCUCUGAAUCUUCUCGUCGUGGCUCAAAAGUAUAUGGUACAAGGAAACCUUAUUGAAAGUAUACAGGUAGAGCUCGAGACGAAUAUCAAGCCAUCGAAUUGUUUUGUAAUUUUCAAGGAGCUUCUUAGUUUAAACGUUCUAUUGGAUCCAUUCUUGGAAAGAGUACUCCAUACUUGCGUCUCUGAAAUGAGCAAGAAUUUAGAUUCAAUUCUAACCUCAAAUAAGAAUGAGUUGUUGAAUUUUUCACCUUCCACUUUGAUUACCUUUUUAAAGGCAGCCACAAAGAUCAAGUACGGACUCAGAUGUGACGGAAAAAAGCUAUUAAGGUUAUUAUUGAUUGGCUUAUGGAGGAUGUCGACACUAGAAAAACUUUCAUGCCAGAAAUUAAGUCACUCGAAGCCCAAAUUAAUUACCAAUUCAAAUACUAAUAGAAUUUGCAAAACAAUUCUGAAAAUUACCCAAGUUUUUAAAAACCAUUAA